UGGAAUAACCCUAAGCCCUCACCCUACUUCCGCUUGUAUUUAUGCCGUUUCUCUAUCUACGCUCUCUCCGUUUCCAGCUCCUCUUCCUCUUAGGUCGGACGCAGUUCACACCCCGCCGCUCGUCUAAUAUCCCGAGGUAAUGGCUCCGAAGCAGCCGAGUAGUGGCCUAAUUGUGGGUCUUAACAAAGGCCAUGUGGUGACACCGAAGGAACUUGCUCCUCGCCCUUCUGACAGAAAAGGCAAAACAAGUAAAAGGGUACAUUUCGUGAGGAACCUUAUCAGGGAGGUUGCUGGGUUUGCACCAUAUGAGAAAAGGAUUACUGAGCUUCUCAAAGUUGGCAAGGACAAGAGAGCUCUUAAGGUAGCCAAGAGAAAGUUGGGCACUCACAAGAGGGCCAAGCGAAAGAGAGAGGAGAUGUCCAGUGUCCUCCGUAAAAUGAGGGCUGGUGGAGGUGGUGAAAAGAAGAAGUGAGAUCCUUGCCUUCGAGCCAUCUUUUCAAGAAUUUGCCAGUUUUCUCUGUUUUUACUUUUUAGUGACUAUGUUGUCUAGUGGAAUUUUUGUUUUGUUGUUUGAUCAACAACUGGUGUGGAUUUAAAGACUUCUUAUAUGUUCCUUUAUAUUGCCUAAUUGCCUUCAGAUUCUUUUACUUGUUGACUAGAUUUGACAUCUAAGCUUGCGAUCAAAUUGAAGCAUGCAAUUAUAAUUUUAUUUCGAUCGCAUGAAAUAAAACGUUAAGAUUUGUCAUUUGUAUAUCUUGAAAGAGAAAAAUGCUGCAUGUAAAAAACAAAUGAUUUAAUUGGUACUAUCCAGUUUGUAAUCAUUUUUCACAUUUUAGAUAAGACAGAGUAAUAUA